UGGUCUGUCUGCAUUGUGUGCGGAGAUUCAAGCAAAAAUCAAUUUGUGAUACUCUUUACGUUAAACUAAGGAUGUAUAUACAUGAUUAUAGAAGAGAUGAAUGAUAGUGUACUCGCCUCACUAUUUCUACUUCCUACCUUCUUUCUAUCCGUUGAUCUCAUUGGUCCAGGUUGUGAGUGUGUGGUGUACCAAAGUACAGGGCAGCCCGGGUCUCGGACCUUCCACUCCCCUAACUAUACCAGUUCCCAGUUCUAUCCCCGGGGAAUCAUAUGUAUCUUGUUCUCUUUCAUUGGAGACGUAAAUGAAACAGUAGAGAUAACGUUUAUUGACUUCAACCUUCAUCCAAAAGUUAAUAAUAGGUGCCCAGAUUUUCUAAAACUCUAUUUAGACGAACGAGCGGAAGUGAACGAACAAAGUAUACCAGAAUACGACUUAUGUGGAAACAUGUCUGACCUUCCCCAAAAAACAUUUUAUUCUAAGGGUAGAAGCCUACAUAUGGAAUUCCACACUGCACGAGACGGAACUCUAAAUAAUACUUACAGAGGAUUCACUGGAAAGUUCUCAUUUGUAGACUCAAAUGAAUUCCAGACAACAAUGAAGCGGGUUUCGAAGGAUCCCAACACAUGUUCCUAUAAUGACCAACACAACGACAGUAGCUUUAGCAAAGGGAGGUUCUUUUCCCCUCGGUACCCACAGAACUUUCCUCCCUGGUACUCCUGUAGCUACCAGUUUAUUGGACGACCAGGGGAGAUUAUCCAGAUUGCAUUUCUUGUUCUCCAGUUGUCCGGCAACGCCACAAGCUGCAAUAAAGAUGAAGACUACAUUGAGGUGUUUGAUAACAGAAAUAAAACAGAGAGGAUAGCUUUCAUCUGCGGUAGUAACAGUGUUCCUACCAUUACAUCACACAGUAACUAUUUAAGUGUGUAUUUCCAUUCCAAAUCAAAUUCCAACAAGAAAGGAUUUGCAGCUACUUAUGAAUAUAAAUCUAUAGAUUCUAUUGUACACAAAUGCAGCAGAAAUAUCUCACAGAAUUCCUCGCCUGGAGGUACCAUCAGCAGCCCUAGGUAUUCACAUCAAUACCCAAGGGAUAUAACGUGUACAUAUGAUUUUUACGCUAAUCCCGGUGAAAGAGUACAGAUCAAGUUUACUCACUUCAAUCUUUUCAAGUCACAACUUUAUUCACAGGACGGGGAUUGUAAGUUGGAGGAUUCCGUAUCUAUUUAUAUCUCUGAAGCCUAUGACGAGGUCAGUAUCAUGUUCUGUGGGGACAGGCUACCCCUACAAUACAUGUCCGUCAACAACUGGCUCAGGGUCAGGUUUGUCAGUCUGCCCGGAGGAGACAAGGGACAGGCCUCGGGAUUCGAGUUCCAGUACAAAUUUAGAAAAGAUUUUGGAAUAACAACGGGCGUACAAUCGAUAGCAGAUAAUGGUCGUCCCCUUUGUAAAUUCCUAUAUAACAGCACCCUGCAAAAGGUGGGUAACUUUACCACCCCUAACUACCCCGGAUAUUACCCCUCACAUACUCAGUGUGAGUACGUUUUCCGCGGCGAACCAGGAGAACGAGUGACCAUUACCCUGGACAAUUUCGACGUUGGAAGAGGGGGAGUCUGUGAAGGUGAGAAUGACCACGUGUCGUUUACCGCCUUCGCCCACGAUGGACCAGACAGGGGUUUUAAACCUAUCUGUGGUGUUAUGCAGUCACUUAUCACUAAACGAGUGUCCGACGGCGCUUACUUCCGGGUUCUGAUGAGUUCCACUGAUAACUACGAACAUACGGGCUUCCUGGGACGAUAUGAAUUUAGCCCUGAUUACAAAGUCUUUCCCCCCACAACAUCUUCACCAGAGAAAAGGAGCGGAUCCCAGUCUUCAGCAAGUCACACCUCUGUGCUAGACAUUCUUUGUGUGAUACUGAUUUCUAUAAUUAGUAUAACUAAAGUCAAUAUGAUUAGCUAGCUACCGCAAAAUGUUCUAGGGAAUAAAAUGUCUAAAAUUCAUGUUAAAUACUGUAAAAUCACACAUUUUUUGUCGGGGCAGAUUUCGUGGUUUAAGAAAAAAUACUGCAUGGUCUGUGGGAAUUUCGUAGAUGAAGAAAUGUCGAGUUGUUGGAAAUUUUACACUUCGUGUAAGACAUGAAUACGUGGGUCUCUUCAUACAUGUACCACCAAAAAACAACGAAAAUUAGACCCCAUAAAAAUAAGUGAUUUCACAGUAACUCCAAAAAUCAAAACUUAAUUACGAUUCAAUCUUGUCAUUUAUGUACUGUUUUAAAAUUAUGCGUGAAAUAUUCAAAAUCAUUUGUACAGUCCAAUAUUAUAUAGAUCUAAAGAUUUAAAGAUGUAACCAUGUUAUCGAAAUCAAAAUAGCACAUGCGCACUCCAAGUUUAUCAUUUACUUCUGGUGGCGCCUAUGUGUGAUAUGUCAUUGCACAUUUUUUUAAUCUUGAAACCUAUUAAUUUAAUUUUAUACACAUGUAUACUAUAUACUAUGAAAUCGUUAGAUGUAUAUAUCCGCCAAAAUAUAUUUUAAAUUUUAGUAUAUCUUUCCAUGAGUAUUUUUAAAAAUACACAUAAACAUGUUAGAUAUCAAGACCCAGAAGCAACAUCAAAAUUAAUAUCUUGAAUGAUUUACAAAUGACCUGUAUAUUGUCUUUAAUUGUUGGUAUAAUAGCAGGAAACUCUCUAUUAUCUUGACAAUUUACCAUACGAACUUUUGAGUUAGUUUGUGUUUCUGUAACUUUUUUCUUUCUUUUUUCUUCUUGAAAUAUCCUAUUUAUA